CUUGCUGUUGUAUUUCAUAAAAAAAUUCUUCGGUUUUAGGUUAUCUCUGCAAAAUAAAUUUCAAGAGUUUCAGAUUUCAGUAUUUUCAGGUUUGUUUCUUCAAUAGCACUCGUCUAUUUUCCUUUAGCGGUAUCGUCUUCAUCAUCAUCGUCUGCUAGGGUUUCAGCUAUGGCGUCGACGAUGAUCGGAUUCGGUUUAUUUGCUACUCUGCAAUUUUUAGGGUUUCGUCAGAUAUUAUUCUUCUUGUUAUUAUUUUAUCUUUAAUUUUAUUCAGCUAUUGGAUUUCCUGUGGCUUAUUUGUUCAUCGAAGCUCGACCAGAUAGAUGCGAUCGUUAUUAUUAUUUGAAAAAAUUAUAGCUUAUUAAUUGUUGUGUUAUAUUUACGGGUUUCUCUUGAUAUGAAGAUUUUACUGCUGAGAAUCAGUGAAUUAGUAAUUUCUGCAUUUGGAUAGUAUAAAAGCCGAGAUCAAUCAAAGGUUCUCGUGAUUUGGAUUUUCGAUUGUUAUGUUAUUGUUAUGCUUUCUCUUGCUCAAUUCCUGGGGGAUGGAGUGUCAAAGAAAUGGAAUGAAAUGAGCUACUGGAGAGUUUGGAUGUUUGGAUUAAUUGAAUUACCGUUGUAGCGUGGUACUGGAGUGGUUCCUCAUAGUAAUGACGCUGCUGCUGCUGUUGUGUUUUUGUGUUUCUGUAGUAUGGAUGCUAAGAUGGCAACAAAAUCAACCAUUCAUGAUCGACUCGGACGUCAACCUGUUCCUGCGAAGCACAACUACUACAUCAAUCGUAGCGUUUGUAAAUACUGGUUGGCUGGGAAGUGCAGUAGAAAUCCCUGUAAGUUCAUGCACACUGAAGUACGGGCUCCUAAUAAGGUUUACCGGAGACCUGAUUACCAAUCCAAUGCUGUACUGGAGGAGGUAAAGAAACAUAAGAAGAGCUUUAGUUGUGGCCCCAACAAUUCACUGGCUUUGAGUCAUCAGACUCGGAGUAUAUCUGAUCAUGUCAACAAAAAUCUACCUGGGAAACACAAUUCACUGGCUUUGAGUCAUCAGACUGGGAGUGUUUCUGAUCAUGUCAACAAGGACCUACUUGGGAAACAGAACAAUAUGAAGACUAAUAUAGUCUCAACCACUGUCAGUGGUGCAUCUGAAGAUAUAUCAGUUAAGGAAACUACAGAAAAAGCUUGUGUUCAAUGGAUGUCAGGCACCUGUGCUAAAGGCGAUGGGUGUCAGUUCCUGCAUACAUGGUUUUGUGGUGAUUGGUUUUCGAUGCUGGCUAAACUUCAGGGACACACUCAGGCUGUCUCUGGAGUAGCACUUCCUGCAAACUCCGACAAGCUUUACUCAGGUAGCAGCGAUGGAACUGUACGUGUAUGGGAUUGUCAUACUGGCCAGUGUACAAGAGUGAUAACUCUUGCUGACAAAAUUGGAUCUGUAAUUAGUGAGGGUCCGUGGAUUUUUGUUGGCCUGCCAAAUGUUAUCAAGGCAUGGAAUCUUGAGACAAUGACUGACUUCAGUCUGGAUACACCUAAACCAUGUGGGCAAAUUUAUGAUAUGGCUGUUGGUCAAAAUAUGCUGUUUGCUGGAACCCAGGAUGGUUCCAUAUUUGUAUGGGAAGGCAGUGCUGAGAACUCAAAGUCUUUUCAAUUGGCCACUUCCUUGAAAGGCCAUGCUAGUGCUGUAGUAUGCUUAAUUGUUGGAGAAAACAGAUUGUAUUCUGGUUCUAUUGACGGAACAAUUAGGGCGUGGGACCUCACCACUCUACAAUGUGUGCAUACACUGAAUGGGCAUACUGAUGCUGUGACGUCUCUUAUCUGCUGGGAGGAGUAUCUUAUAUCUUGUUCUUUGGACCGGACAGUAAAAGUCUGGGCUCUUGGAGUAGAUGGCAACUUGCAAGUAGUAUAUACACACAGUGAGAAACAUGGAGCUGUUACUCUAUGUGGGUUAUAUGAUUCAGAAGCCAAACCAAUUCUCUUGUGCUCUUACAAUGACAAUACUGUUCACUUGUAUGAGCUGCCAUCAUUUAAUUUGAGGGGUAAGAUUUUUUCUAAACAAGAAGUUAGAACGAUAGCGGCAGGACCAAGUGGUCUGUUUUUCACAGGCGACGGAACAGGAGCUGUUAGUGUGUGGAAUCUGACAGAGCAAGGCAAAAAGAUAUCGUAAUAAUGAUAUGCAAUCACUUAUCCUGUAAAUUUUUGUCUGAGUAGAAUCUUUUCCAAUGGUGCUUGGAGGUGCAUCUCGACCUCGUGAGGGCUCUUUUUGGCUGGGGUUUGGGGGUACUUGUGUAACAAAUGUUGAUUCUUGAGGAAAGUUGUAUUCAUAAUUAUCACAUUUAAAAUCAAUGAAAUUGAUUUCUUCUUUAUCUUUAA